AAAUACCUCAUGUCAUCAUGAACAGAGCGUUUGAAGCGUUUCUGCUGCUGAUCAUUACUUUGGCACGCUCAUAUUUAGCAGAGGCUUGCUUAGAUGUUGACGCAAAUUUGAUGAAUACUAUUCACCCUAGACAAGCUGGGAAAGAUGUCUGUGACACCGGAAUUCGUCAAUCACCAAUUAAUAUAGACACGACCAAAUGCACAAAUGGUGAAUUCAAGUGUGACCUUGAAUGGUUCUUCCACUCAGGACCACUCACAAUGACCAACUCGGGUGUUAGAGUUGAUGUGUUGUACACUCGCACUGAUGUACGGCCCUACAUUUCUGGUGGACCACUGAGCGACAAAAGAUACAGCCAUUUGAAUACACACUUUCACUGGGCAGCAGUUGACGCGGAAGGCAGCGACCAUUCCAUUGACGGAGUUUUUGGACCUCUUGAGAUGCAUUGUGUUUACAUAAACCAAGCUUAUACGUCACUGCAAGAAGCUAUGGAACAGAGUGAUGGAAUUUGUGUAGUGGCGAUUAUAUUUAAACUUUCAUCUACGGACAAUCCGGAUUUAUCAGGCAUUAUGGAAGGAGUGAACAACGUCAAAGCAGCUUCUGGAAGUGUUUUCGCGCUCCAGAACAACGCUCUUGACUUUGCCGUGAAGGAGGUUUUCUCAGAACAGUGUUUUUACAACUAUCCCGGCUCGUUGACCACAACUCCAUGUUCCGAGGCGGUCAAUUGGAUAGUGAUGAAGAAAACAGUUCCAAUUUCUUCUGCGCAGGUCGCUCUGUUCCGACAAGUUGUCGACACAAACGGCAAUCCCAUUUUAAGCUACAAAAGAGAUCCACAGCCUCUGAACGGACGGAAAGUUCUUUGCUCUGGUUGUCGUUGCGGUCUUUAGUGUAGAAGAAGAAUUAAUGUUGACAACUUUUGGCAAAAAAUUCUAGAUAUUACUCAAAUAUCUAAAAAUCACUUAUUAAAAACUGACGUGUUUGGAAUCGUAUUAUGUAGCAUUAUGAUUAUAAGCAUCAAUCUGACCCGUGAAUCUAGACUUAGACUGGCAAUAGCGUGUGAUUUUUUAAUUUUAAUUGCAAGGUGGUUUAAAAAUUUUUUAUUGCAUUUUAAUUUGCUUGCUUCUCUAUCAAAAAAGAAGAGGUGGUCUAGUAAAUGCUUCAAUUCGUUUCAUCUUUUUAAUAUAUGCGCAAAGAUGUAGCAUAUUGUUUGAAAUAAAAAAUUAAUUUUGCUUCCAACAAAAGA